AACUAGAACGUGUUAAUUCCAUACCACCAUCGCAUACUGCUUUCCUGCCAUUCACAACACGUAUCGGCUCAUUGGCAAUCAUCUCCAUCGCACUCAAAGGCUGAGGCUGCAAAUCGAAGAAUGUUUGCUCAAAGCGGGGACCAGAAGCAGGACCGGGACGAGGUCUUUGGCUAGUAGACCAUGUCGAAGGAUAAUUCGGUGCUUGCUGGAUAACAGCAGGUGACUUGGCCGUCUCCGUCGAUGGAACAGCAGGGGACGUAGGUUUAGGUGUAGAAGAAGAGGCAAGCCGAACGAGUGGUCGGGAGAGUCUGGGGAGCUGGCGGCUCAACAUGAUGGUCGACGUUGUGUGCAACGACGACGGUGCAAUACGCGAUAGCUGGCUCCGGCGUGCGUGGGAGACAGCUGCCUGCUAGGAAUGUCUCAGAGAGGAUUUCCAUAUGUGGAAUACCUCCGUGUGACAUAUGCCACGUGGUCCUACUACAUAUUGUGACCAGGAGGUGACGUCACAGACAAUUCCGCCUGAGGCCGAAACUUCGCCUGAGUUCUCGUUCUGUCGAGUGGUGACCAGAAUAAGGAAUGAUUCUCGAUCCUUCCGUGUAACCCCUUUCCAUUACUAUAAAGCUAUUCUUGCUAUGGCGGGCUCGCCUUCAAACACUCGUAUACCCACUACGUUAUUUACCUUUCGAAACACCCACUUUUCCCAUUAGUAGUAUCGCUAACGGUUCCUCAUGGCGUCCAGCUUCGAUUUCACUGACAAGACCCAGGAGUCAUUAGCAGCUGCUAUCCAGAUUGCAAAGGACUAUGCUAACGCGCAAGUUCAUCCUGUACACAUUGCAUUUGCCCUCCUGAAUGAGGGUACAGGAGAAGGCCAAACCUCUGGCCUUUUCACUUCCGUUAUUGAACGAGCAGGCGGCGAUCCUACAGCCGUCAAGCGUGGUCUCCAGCGAUUGAUCGUCCGUCUUCCUACACAGUCUCCUCCCCCUGAUGAAGUUUCCCUAAGCGGUAACGCUCUCAAAGUUCUUCGGGAGGCCGAGUCCCUGCGGAAGACCAUGCACGACUCGUAUAUUGCCCAAGACCACAUCCUUUCCGCGCUCCUUAAGGACUCCUCAAUACAGCCUGUUCUAAAGGAGGCUGGAUUGACGGAAGCAACGUUGAAAACCGCCAUUGACCAAAUCCGUGGUAACCGGAGAGUCGAUACUAAGAACGCGGAACAAGGUUUCGAUGCUCUCAACAAGUAUGCAGUCGACCUUACUGCGCUUGCGGAAGAGGGAAAGCUCGAUCCAGUCAUUGGUCGUGACAACGAAAUCCGUCGUGUUGUACGUAUUCUUUGCCGAAGGACGAAGAACAACCCUGUGCUCAUUGGUGAACCCGGUGUCGGUAAAACUGCCGUUGUUGAAGGUCUCGCACAACGUAUAGUCAACCGCGACGUCCCUGCUUCCCUCAUCGCUCGGCUCUUCUCACUCGACAUGGGUGCUCUCAUGGCCGGUGCCAAGUACAAGGGAGAGUACGAAGAACGUAUCAAGUCCGUCCUCAACGAAAUUGAAAAAGCUUCCGAAGAAGGGACCGGGAUCAUUCUCUUCAUUGAUGAGUUGCACCUCAUCAUGGCUGGUCGUGGAGCAGAAGGCGGCGGCAUGGAUGCUGCCAACCUGCUGAAGCCAAUGUUGGCUCGUGGCAAGCUUCGUUGUAUUGGCGCAACCACCUUGGCGGAGUACAGAAAAUACAUCGAAUCAGACGCUGCUUUUGAACGUCGUUUCGCUCAAGUAAUUGUCAACGAGCCCAGCGUCCCCGAGACCAUCGGCAUCCUUCGUGGUAUUCGAGACAAGUAUGAGGUCCACCAUGGUGUCCGCAUCCUCGAUGCUGCUCUCAUUCAAGCCUCCACCCUCGCUCAUCGUUACCUCACAUCAAGACGACUGCCAGACUCUGCCAUCGACCUGGUCGAUGAAGCAUGUGCAAGGUAUGUCAAUUUCAUGUUCUCCUCGUUCUUGGGCUUGUUUACUAACUUUCUGUUCCAUAGUGUUCGUGUCACUCGUGAAACUGCGCCUGAAGCUAUUGAUAAACUUCAACGUCGUAAACUCGAGCUCGAAGUCGAAAUUCACGCACUCGAGCGCGAGAAGGACCAAGCUUCCAAGGAACGUCUCCCUAUAGCACGCAAAGCCAUCGCCGACGUCGACGACGAGCUCCAGCCGUUGCUCGCUGCUUACGAAGCGGAGAAGGCUCGUAGCGAAGAAAUCCAAAGCGUCCGGAGGAAGAUGGACGAGGUCAAAGCCAAAGCAGACGAAGCCGAGCGUCGAUACGACCUUGCAACUGCUUCCGACCUCAGGUACUAUGCUCUACCUGACCUGCAAGCUCGACUUGAAAAGCUCGAGGCGAAGAAGGCUGAGGAAGACGCGAGGAUGGGUACUGGUUCUGAUACCGUUACUCCAGAGGCCAUCGCUGAGAUUGUCGCCAAGUGGACGAAUAUCCCCGUGACAAGGUUGCUGAGUUCGGAGAAGGAUAAGUUGCUGAAGCUGGAUAAAAUUCUUGCAGAAAACGUUGUUGGUCAACCCGAGGCUGUCAGGGCUGUUGCUAAUGCUAUACGUCUCAGCCGAAGUGGUCUUGGAAACGCUCAGAGACCAAUUGCCAGCUUCUUGUUCGCUGGUCCUUCCGGUACUGGUAAGACUUUGCUGACGAAGACGCUCGCAACCGUCCUUUUCGAUUCGCCGGAUGCCAUGAUUCGUAUCGAUGGCUCUGAGUAUUCAGAGAAACAUGCGAUAUCACGUCUCAUUGGUGCUCCCCCAGGUUAUGUUGGUCAUGAUCAAGGCGGUCAACUCACCGAGUACAUUCGUCGCAAACCGUAUUCAAUAGUGCUCAUCGACGAAAUUGAGAAGGCUGCGCGCGAGUUUGUUACCCUCUUCCUUCAAGUUCUUGACGAUGGUCGUCUUACCGACGGUCAGGGCCGUGUCGUCGACUUCCGCAAUACUGUCAUAAUCAUGACAAGUAACCUUGGUGCUGCGUACCUCCACGAUAUGGGCGAGGGACCCGUGAAGUCUCAAACUCGUGAGCUCGUCAUGGGUGCGAUUCAGGCCCACUUCCCUCCAGAGUUCAUCAACCGUAUCGAUGAGAUCGUCAUUUUCGUAAGUACUUUUGGCUUAUAUCUGGUUUACGACUGUGUGUUUGACCUUUGUUUCUUACAGCGCACACUCUCGAGAAGAAAUGUGCUGAAGAUCGUCGAUCUUCGUCUCAAGGAGGUCCAAGCCCGUAUUGAUGACAAGAAGAUGACACUCGACAUCGACGACCUAUCGAAACAAUACCUUGUUUCUGUUGGUUACUCGUCAACUUACGGAGCUCGCCCUCUCAAUCGUGCCAUCCAACAAGAAUUGCUCAACCCGCUUAGCGUGAUGAUCCUCUCUGAGAAGGUACUUCCAGGCGAGACUGUGAAAGUCCGGUUCGAUGGACCACAUAAUCGUUUGGUGAUUGUAUCGAAUCAUCAGGGGACAACACCAGAGGGUAUGGAGGACAUUGAGAUGGUGGAUGAUGAUAUUGACAUUGUGGAGAUGGAUUAGGUUUGAAUGGGAUGAGGAGCAUCGUCGCUGUAGCAAUAAGAUAGGAUAGAAUCUGGACACUUCAAGAUAAUCCGGCUUUGCUUGCAAUCAUGUAUAUUACCCAUUUUGAUUUAUUUUGUAUGAUAGAGCCUCGCAGUUGCAAUUGUCUUAUGACGUCUUUCGCUGUAUACGUUUCCUAGUGAGUGCUGAUACUAUUAGCAAUGUGACGAUCAGUUUGAGCUCCUUUCUGAUCAAGAAUGGUAUUGGUAUCCAAGAUGAAAUGCAAGUUGAUAGAACGGUAUGAAGUUUGCAU